AUACUCCCUGGCUAGUUAUUACUGAAUUGAAAGCCCUUAUAUUAUAAGCUAAGCUCUUAUUAUUAUUAUUAGAUAUAAGCUUAUUAAAUCAAAUAAUGGCUUCCUCUGCAGCUACUAGCAGUAUGUUUUUGAGCUCAUUAUUAUUGUUGUUGUUGCUUGUUGGAGGCUCCAUGGCUCAGCUCUCCCCGCAGUCGUUUUACUCAAACUCGUGCCCCAAUCUUUUACCGACGGUGAAAAACGUCGUCCAGGCUGCCAUCCAGAAGGAACCCCGCAUCGGCGCCUCUAUACUCCGACUCUUCUUCCACGACUGCUUUGUCAAUGGUUGCGACGGAUCGCUCCUCCUCGACGACACGUCUUCCUUCAUAGGAGAGAAAAACGCGGCCCCUAACUUCCAGUCCGCGCGUGGAUUCGAGGUCAUCGACAACGUCAAGACUGCAGUCGAGAAAGCGUGUCCCGGUGUUGUUUCUUGUGCGGAUAUUUUAGCUAUUGCCGCUCGCGACUCUACUUCCAUACUUGGAGGGCCAAGUUGGAAUGUGAGACUUGGGAGAAGAGACGCGAGGACGGCGAGCCAAGGCGCCGCCAACAACAGCAUUCCUCAGCCUACGUUCAACCUCAAUCGUCUCAUGUCCAGCUUUAGUGCCGUCGGUCUCUCCACCAACGACAUGGUUGUUUUAGCAGGGGCACACACAAUUGGGCAGGCAAGGUGCACCAAUUUCAGGGCAAGAAUAUACAACGAGACAAACGUGGACGCGACCUUUGCCCAGAACAGGAGGAGCAGCUGCCCAAGGGCAAGCGGGGCAGGGGAUAACAAUUUGGCGCCACUAGAUCUGCAGACGCCGACCAAAUUCGACAACAAUUACUACGUUAACCUGGUGAGCCGGAAAGGGCUUCUUCACUCCGACCAGCAGCUCUUCAACGGCGGCGCGACGGACUCCGCCGUGCGCCGGUACAGCUCGAACCCUGGCCAGUUCGCCGCCGAUUUCGCGGCGGCGAUGAUUCGGAUGGGCAACAUCAAGCCCCUCACCGGAAUGAAUGGAGAGAUUAGAAAGAACUGCAGGGUGAGGAAUUGAUCGCGUUCUUAAUUAAUUAGCUCGAAUGUUAAUGUCGGAGGUUUUAGCUUGAUACACCUUUAAUUUGAUCGAGUUUAUCGAUUUAAUUAAGAAAAGUACAAGAGUCAAAUUUGUUGUGUGCUAUUCAAUGUAGACUUGUUUGUAUUUGCAAUGAAAAUAAAUCAUGCCCUCCUAUGGAUUAAGAAUCAAUCCUUAAUAAAAAGUUACCAAAAAU